AUGCCAAAAUUUCUUUCACGUUUAUUCAGUGGUUCAUCAUUUCGUAGUUCAUCAUUUCGUGGCUCACAAACAUCACUUUCUGAUACUCAUAGUCCAAGUAAAACAUCAAGCAAUAUCCGUACAACUUCGUCACUUGAAAAUCUUGCAUCAUAUCAUGUUACACCAAAAGAACUUGAAAAAAAUAAAUUACAUAAAGCAGCAUGGGAAGGAAAUCUUAAAAAAGUUCAACAUCUUGCACGACCAGGUCAAAUUAAUCUUAAAGAUUCACAAAAGCGUACUCCACUACAUUUAGCUGUUGUUAAAGGACAUAUAGACAUAGUCAGAUAUCUUGUUGAAGAAGGUGCAAAAUUAGAUGUUGUCGAUAAUGAACAACGAACGCCAUUGAUUAAAGCUAUUCUUAGUGGUGUUCAGAAUAUAAAACGAAAUUAUCAAAUAUGUGAAAUUUUAGUAAAUGGUGGUGCUGAUAAGUGUAAGAAUUUCAAUUUUUUAAAAGAAUACAUCCAUGGGCAAAAGUUUUUCUCUUCACUUCUUUUCUUGGCAAGCUUUUCUCUGCUAUUAUAAGGAUAAAACAUGGUGUUGUUGAGGCGAUAUAAAAGAGAACCUCUAGUCGGGCCGAACAACACCAUGUUUUGUCCUUGUAAUAAUAGAGAAAGCUUCGCUGAAAAAGAAGUAAAGGGAAAGAGUUUUGCCUACGAAUGUAUAUAUACGUUUGGAAAUGACUAGAAAGAUUUUGCAGAAGGAUUCGUACCAUUUUGAAUUUCUUAUUUGGUUAUGAAAGCUGUUUUUUCCAUUUUUAUGUUUGUAUUCCAUCACAUAGCCUAAUUUUGAUGAUAGCGACAAAGUUAAGUCAAUGGGAAUCUGAUGAUAAAGAUGCCUUUAUUACAUUUGAUGUAUUUUAGUAGUGCAUAAUUGUAAACUAAAAAACUAAAUACACAUAAAAUGGUAGGAAACUCCAAGAGCUUCCAGAAUAUGGAAUUAUUUUAUAGUGAUCAUGUAUUUAAAAUAUGGACUACUGCUAUUCAUUUCUAGGCAUAUAUAUGUAUUUUGUGAAGCACGAUCUAAAUGAAGUGUUGAAGUAUAGAGGGGUAUUAGAGGUCGAGUUUUAUACUUUCUCCUUUUUAUUUUUAAUUUCAAAGCGAAAUGCACUCAUACACAAACGUAUGUGUCUGAUCUCAGAGAGAAAAUACGCACAUAUAUAUGUGUCGUAUCAAAAUUACACUGUUCGAAGAAGUUAUAACUUCGAUAGAAAAAUUUGUCGAAGUUACUUUUAAUUCACUUAUCAAUAAAUAAUUUACUAAAGUGAAUAUCUUACCGGUGAAUGUAUGAUCUAAAAUAAAUUUUGCUAAUAAAUAUUCAUUUCUUUAAUAAUAUUAUUAAAUAAAUAAAUAUUUAUUAGUAAAAGUUUAUUUUUGAUCAUACAUUCAGCAGUAGAAUAUUCAGUUUAAUAAAUUGUUUAUUGAUAAGUGGAUUAGCAGUAACUUCGACAUGGUGUGGGUCACUUCUUCAACCAAACCCACACCCUAUUGAGACAAUCCUCAGCAGGAUACCUAACAAUUGAUCCUCUGCAUUAUUCACUGAGGAUAUCAACGACUUUCUUAUUGGAUUUCUGGAGGUUUUAGUAAAAGGAUGAUGAAGAAAGAUGUCCUAAAAUAGAACGAAUAAAGCAAUCUCCCUAUGACUAGCAAUAGUAACUAUAUCGUGUUUCACAUUUGAACUCUGUAGAGUUUGUGUUAAUAGUUUUU